UUUAGAGCGCGCUAUCAUUUGUGAACAGCUAUUGGAUCUGCUUUAAGAGUUUGUUACACCUUUAAAUGAUGAAAUCGGGCUUUUUGUCUCAAAAGUGUUUAUGACUGACAACAGUCAAAUUAAAACCAGGAGAAAUGCGGGAUUCAGAGACAGAUCUACAGACAAUAUCUAUGGAUUGACAUCAUGAAAAUGACAUUCAAAUAAGGGUAAAGUGAGGAUCCAGGUCAGACACGACAUGAAGAAAACCCCAGAUGACAGUUCAUUCACACAUCAAGUAUUCAUUCAAAUGAUUCCAUAGGAUGCUACAACACGGAAGCUUUUUAGCUACGCUGUGAACGAAAGUUGUAUCUUUAGGAAGUAGAGUCAAAUUUGUGUGCAAUUUAAAAAAAAAAAACGAAGGAUCAUCAUGGCUGAAAACAACUUCCCCCCUCUGCCACGAUUCAUCCCCCUCAAGCCCUGCUUUUAUCAAGACUUCAAUGAGAUUCCAGACCAGUGCCGGAAUAUGUGCAAACGCCUCUACUACCUAUGGAUUUUGAAUAGUGCCACUCUUGCGGUGAACCUCAUUGGUUGUCUGGCGUGGAUGUGUGGUGGCGGUGGAGCAGCUAACUUUGGCUUGGCUAUCCUUUGGCUCAUCCUUUUCACGCCUUGUUCAUAUGUGUGCUGGUUUAGGCCCAUAUACAAAGCUUUCAAGACUGACAGCUCCUUCAACUUCAUGGCUUUCUUCUUUGUUUUUAUGGCUCAAGUUGUGAUCACUAUUAUUCAGACAGUUGGGAUCCCAGGCUGGGGAGUGUGUGGCUGGUUGGCGACCAUUACCUUCUUCAGCACCAACAUUGGCUCAGCUGUUGUGAUGCUUAUUCCCACCAUCAUGUUCACUGCAGUGGCUGUGCUCUCCUGCAUUGCCCUAACAAAGGUCCAUAACUUUUACCGUGGCAGUGGAGGGAGUCUGGGUAAGGCCCAGGAGGAGUGGACCACCGGGGCCUGGAAGAACCCUCACGUUCAGGCUGCGGCUCAACAGGCUGCAGUUGGAGCUGCUCAGGGCGCCAUGCAGCAAAACCAGUAUUCUGCAGCACCCACCUACAACUACGAUGAGCCAAUGUAGGACAGAGGAGCCGAGAGGGAGAGAUAAAAAGGGAUCAAGUAGGAAUUCAAAAUUAGGUGCCCUUCAUUUCAACUAGAUUCUGAGAGAACAAUGGCUUUCAUUCAUAUGAUGUCGCCACAGUCUUUUUGUCACUGCAAAAAUCAACGUUAGUUUAAAAUACUUGAAUUCAGAAUAUAUAUCUCAAUUUGAGUGGGUAUAUCAAGUUUUUAUUAUUAAAGCCAGUAUCUAAACUGGUUAAAACUACUCAAAAUAAAAUUAAUAUUCUGAAUACAUGUCAUUUUAAACUAUACAGAUUUCUUUCCAUUUUGUCUAUGUGUAGAAUGGUAGUAGUGUUAAAUUUAGGUAAGGCAAGCAAAAUGUCUGUUGUCCCCAUCAGAGCUUCUAACAUCUUCAGAUUUGAUCACAACCAUUUUGGAUUCUAGGUUGUGAUAAUGUCUCAUUAUUUAGAUAGUGUUCCCAUGAUGUCAAAGCCACUUAAAAAGAAAAUUCUUAAAUUAAUGUAUUUAGUUCAAGCAUUUAUAGUAAGGACAGUCGCAAUCAAGAUACUAUAUAUGACAUUUUGCCAACCCAUAGAUGUCUUAAACGAAAAGACAUGAUAAAAAAAACAAAAAAACAAUUGAUAUUGUUCUCUUACAGAAUCAGGCAUUCUGUAAAAUGUUAAAUGUAUUUCGACACGUGUCGCUGUCCAUUAGUCCAAUAUCAUGCAGAAGAACAAUCUUUUUACUUUGCUCAUUGUAAUGUGUUUUAUUCUAACUACAGUUCCCUAAGCUUUAUUGAAGUAUUCUAAGGUGGUCCACAGCAAAUCACUGUCUGAACUAUAAUAGCCAUAUUCUAUUAUAUUAUGAGCUUCCAUUCCAAAAUUAAAGUAAAUAUAUUAUGACCAAACAUAUUACAGUUAUACAAAGAAGAUGCUUGAUAAACAAAUCUCUCUGUGAUCUAUAAUUGUGUGUUAAAUAGCAUUUUACAUCUCAGGUAAGAGAAUUUGAAUGCUCCUCUGGUCUUCUUAUGUUUUAUGUCACUUUGUCCCUGCAUUUUGACUGCAAGGCAUACCAGGUUUGGCCAUUCUACACACAGAGUGGUAUCAAUUCAUUGAUAGAAAUUCUUGACCAACUCAAGAAGCACAUGCAAAAUUAGGAUUUUCUAGAUAAAACAUUCAAAUAUGUACAGGUCAUAAAAUGGAAGAACCAAAACAUGUGAACGUACAGUAAAUAUAUCAUUGUUGUUGAUGGUGGCAGUGUUGUACGAUGGAUGUUUUCCCCCUUUGGAAACUCUCCCACUAAAUGUAACUAUUUAAAACACUGAAUUUCAGGCCUUAGCUUGUCAUUUUGUGGCUGUUGGUGUUACUCCGUUAUAAUUAGGUAUACAUGAUAAAGAUAUAUAUAUAAAGAAAAACACUUUUAACUUCACUUCUUAUGAACAGAAGGUAAACGAGAUUGUGUGUUGUCGCCCAUGUGUGGCUUGAUGUGUCCAUAUUUUUAUUUCAAAUCCUCAGAAUUUACUAGAUGGUUAUAACAAUAAUUCUGUAUUAGACUUGAAAAUGAAGUGAAUUGUAUCUGAAUGCUUCUUAUUUGAAAACAGUGAGCUGUCUUGUCCGGUUGUGCUAGUGUGGUAUUAAUAGACAGGUUGUUUGUUCCCUUUUUUGUAUCUGUUUUUUUGUUUGUUUUUUUUAACCUAUUUUUAUGUAUGUAUUAUAUGGAUGAUGUGUGUAUGAAUUUGAAGCAAAUCUCAGUGUCUCUCCAUGGCUGAGGAUUAGUAGGUAGUUGUAUUAUUUUUUAAUAUAUUUUUUUUCAACAGUUGUCCAGUAUUUGUAAAUUUGGUAAAAAUUUGGAUAGAUUAUUCUAAAAUUAUUCCAAAAUAACUGGUGUGGAGAAGUAGACAGGUGCAAUGACACUAGUUAUGUUGUGUUAUGGAAUUAUUAUUUAAUGUGUUUAUAGCAUAAUAAAUAUAUACCAGAGCUCAUAUAGUACACUGGGUAUUAUAGGAUGAAGUGUACACCUUCUUCUCUAAUCCUCUGGUUGAUUGAUUGCUCCCGCCGUUGGCUUCCCCAAUUCAAGUAAAGAAUUAGUCAGUUCUCCAAAAGUUAAACUACUUUUAUAAAAUUCUGAACUGUUUUGAAAAA